AUGAGCACAGGUUGGGUGUUUCUGUGCGCAAUUUGCCUCUUUUACUCUGUUCAAGCGACACAUCGUUCCACUAGCUGUGUAUGUAAUGGUAAAGCUCUGUACUGUGUGCGAGACUCCUUGGGUCUGCGCUGUGAGAACUGCCAAGAUAACACUGAAGGCCGGCAUUGUGAGAACUGUAAGGAAGGAUAUUACCACCAGAGUGCAGGAGAACGCUGCCUACCCUGCUACUGUAACCCUCUAGGCUCUGAGGGUGCAGGAUGUGACAGUCAGGGACAGUGCAUGUGUAAGCUGGGUGUGCACGGAGCCCGGUGCGACCAAUGCACUGAUGGAUCUCCACUAACACCCAAGGGGUGUGAGCAGUCGCAAGAGAGAACCUGUUUCUGCAGUGGUCAGUCAAAUACGUGCUCUCAGGCUCGAGGAUAUUCAGUUUACAAAAUCACCUCAACGUUUGAGCAAGGGACGGAGGGGUGGCUAGCUCAAAUCGACAAGAGCGUGAAUCCAUCUGAAGUGCAAUUUCGCUGGUCCCCCAUGCGUCAUGCCCUUGAAGUUUUUUCUAAAGACAUGCUGCCGGUGUACUUGUCAGCUCCAGCUCAGUAUUUGGGGAACCACGUUCUGAGCUAUGGUCAGACGCUGUCCUUCUCGCUCCGCCUGGACAGAGGUGUCCGCUAUCCAUCCACCUCUGAUGUGGUGCUGGAGGGAGCUGGUUUGAAAGUUUCGGCCGCUCUAGGAAACCUGAGGGUUGUCAUCCCAUGUGGCAGGACUGUUACCUACACCUUCAAGCUGGAUGAACAACCCAGCAGCAAAUGGAAACCUCAGCUUUCAGCUACGGAAUUUCAAACCCUUUUGAGUAACCUCACAGCCGUCAAGAUCAGGGCCACAUUUGGGGAAGAGGGGCGUGGUUAUCUGGACGGCGUCACACUGGUUUCCGCCCGGUUGGGCCCUGGUGUUCCUGCAGUCUGGGUACAGAAGUGCCACUGUCCUCCAGGUUAUGAGGGACUGUUCUGUGAGCACUGCACUGCAGGGUACAGGAGACUCUUUCCUGGACGAGGUGCUCAGGGUCAGUGCGAGCCAUGUGACUGUCGUGGAGGGAGCUGUGAUCCUGAAACAGGUGACUGCUACUCAGCUGAUGAGACGUCUGGUAGACAACUCUGUGAUGCUGGGUACUACAGUGACCCCAACAAACCCGGCAGCUGCCUGAAGUGCCCAUGUGCCCUAGGCUACGACUGCGCACUCAUUCCAGGGACUUCAAAUGUAAGGUGCAAUUGCCCAGUUGGGAGCACAGGCUCGCAGUGCCAAAAGUGCAGUAACGGUUUCUUCGGUGACCCCCUGGGAGAGAGCGGCACUGAGCGACCCUGUCAGCGCUGCCAGUGUAACGGACACUCGGACCUAAAUGCCGCGGGGAGCUGCGAUCGCUCGACAGGGGAGUGUUUGAAGUGUCGGAACAACACCGUAGGGUUUAACUGUGAGAAGUGUGUAGAUGGAUUCUACCACAGCAAACCCACAGACGUAUGCCAAGCUUGUAACUGCGACCCGAACACCGCGGUCUCCCGCUCCUGCAGCGAUCAGGGCCAGUGCAAGUGUAAGAAGGGCUACGAGGGGAAAAGGUGUGAGAGAUCCUCGUGUCCAUCCUGCUUCAAUCCAGUUAAGAGCCAGAUUGAGAAGUACGUGAAGAAGCUGCAGGAACUGGAGGCUCUUUUUAAAAGAAUGGGAAGUAGUGGUGUGACAGACCUUAGUGGAAUAGAAGAAGCCGUAAGCACAGCUGAAGAAAUGGUGACGUCUUUAGAAAACAAAGCGAAUAAUCUGAUUGACACAGAGAAGACUCUUCAUGCCCAACUGGUAACCAUUGGCAACAAUCAGUUAAAAGGAGAAGGGAAAAUACAGGAUGUCUCCAAGAUCGUGGACACUGUUGUCCAGCAGGGUCAGCUAGGUCAGAGAAAAGUGGCUGACAUUCAAAAACUCAUCAGUGACAUUAGGCAAAACCUGAAUACCGCCAAGCAGGAACUCAGCACAGUUGAGCUCCCUCUUGGUGAUGCAGAAAUAGGAACAAACAGCAUUUCUGACUUGGUUCAGAAAGCCAACGAUCUUGCUAAGAAGCACACGGAGGAGGCAGGGACAGUAGAUCGGACAGCUAAAGGCGCUCUCUCUGAGGCUGAGAAAGCCUCAGCCCUCAUGCGCUCUGUCAUCAGCGGAGAAAACAAAGUCCAAGAGCUGGUCAAUGAUCUAAAAAGCAUGUUUGAGAAAGAUGUGGCACUGGUGGAUGGCAUGGGGAAGCAGGCUGUCCGUCUGAGUGAUGCGGCAGAGGCAGAAAGCAAGACGGCAUUGGAUGCUCUAAAGCAAAUAACCGAUCUAGAGAAAACCCUUCCCAAGGCUCCCAAGAAAGACGUAGACGGCCUGGUUUCCAAAUUGGACGAACUGAAGGAUUUGUUAGCUGGUAACGUAACAGGGUUUAUGGAGCUUCAAAAGCAGACUCAAGCUGACCAGAAAGAGGCACAGGAUCUAAUGAAUCAGAUUAAAGCUGCUCAAAAGACUCAGGAUAAGCUGCUCGACAGAGCCAAUGCUGCCAAGUCAGAUGCAGAUCAAGCCAUCAAGCUCUUCGGCAACUUGGGCAGUUUGGACCAAACUCUAGAGAAACUCAGAGGAUUUGAAGACCAGAUCAAUACUGGAAAGGCUUUGGCUGAUGGUGCUCUUAAAAAACUGCCUAUCAUUGGUGCCACCAUUCAAAAAGCAGUGGCUGACAAUGGCAAGACUCAGGAUAUUCUGGGCCAACUUGGUGACUACAACGAUGCUGUGAAUACGCUCGAUAAGCUCAACGGCUCUCUGGCCAAAAUAGAGAAAAUGUCUGGUUCCCUCCCCCCAUCAUCAGACCUUUUGAAAGCAGCCACCACGCUAAAAGGAGGCCUGGAAGGACUGAAAAAUCAGGCAAACUCAGCCAUGGAUAAAGUGACUAAAGAAAAAAACAUUGCAGAGAAAGAGCGACAGCUGGCUGAGGAGGUUAAUCAUGCGGCAGAGAAAGCAUACAGCAAUGCGAACCACACCAGAGAUGCUGUUAGAGACACCUUACAGACUGUCACUGACCUUCUAGGCUUACUUGACAAACCUGCAGCUGUGGACGACAAGAAGGUGUCAGAAUUAGAGAACGCUAUACUGCAGAGUCGCAGGCGUGUGGAGACGGAGCUGAGGCCCAGGCUACAGGAGCUCGAGGACAAAGAGGCUCAACAGAGAGCUGCCAUCGCGAACAUGAUCAAUGACAUCAACACCAUCCUGGUGGAUAUAGAGAAUCUGGAGCACAUUAACCGAACCAUUCCAAACGGUUGCUAUAACACCGCGCCCAUCGAAAGACCUUAGUGGCUUCAUGGACUAAAUGGACUAGGGGUGUUAGGAUUACAAACACCUGCUUAUACCUGAGUGCUGCACUGAGACUGAUAGAUUUAUGAUAUGUUACUUAUAUGUAGCCCAUGAAAAGGUAUCCAAGAGACUGUAAGAUAAAUGGGUUUUCUUUAAAUUAUGCUUUACACUAUUUCCCAUUAUCAACAUGACAAUACACCAAGUUUGAUGCACUUCAAUGUCCUCCCCAUUCACCAAAUACAAAUAUACAGUAUAACCCAGCAAUUAAAACUGUCCUGAGACCAAAAGCUAGAACACUUAGAACUGUAUUUAUAUGGUGUGUUUAAUAAAGUGUGACUGUAAUAAUGCAAUACAGUACUUUUCUUUUACUCUCCUUUCUUAAAAGGACUUGGUUUAAAAGAUCAUUAAAAAGGGCUACAACAGCCAAAACAAGUUUAAUAACUGCUGCUAGAUGGGGUAUUACAUUUGUGCUACACUAGUGGUGUUAUUAUUAUUCGGUAUUAAUAAAGUAUCUGUCUGUCUGUCCGUCCGUCCAGUCUGUCUGUCUGUCUGUCGGUCGGUCGGUCGGUCGGUCGGUCUAUUCAAUUCUAUCUAUCUAUCUAU